GUCAUGCCUUUGAAUCUGUACACACCAGCUGAAGGCCUCUAUCGCACUCAUGUCACUUGGGCAGACAUCGAAGGAGAUUUGCAACGGGAACUCGAUACAGUCGCUUCAUUCGGACCUAAUAAGGCGGCCAGAGACAUUGGAGAUAAUUUUGGAUUCAUGUCGAAAAUACUGCUCAUUCAGCCAGAUUGGCAGCGUAGGGACAAGAAACUUCCGAGAAGGUUCCUUGUAAAGGGUUUGGACCAAUUGAUUGUGAUGUUUUCCGCCUCCGGCGAUGAGAAUUUUGCGGAAAAGGGUGAUCAGUUAAAGGCGAUUCUAUCGGAUAUUGUGGAUGUCGAUUGGGUUGUCAAUAUGAACAAACAGUUCGGUGAGCAUAUUUCGUACGUGAACGGAAUGGAGAGCGUCCUUUGUCAUGGCGAUUUAUGGUCCAAUAAUAUCCUUUGGAAACAGAAGGGGAAUCAUCUUGAACUUGUUGCAGUUGUGGACUAUCAGACAGCUCAUUUCGGUUGUGCAGCUACCGACCUUGUACGGAUGUUCUGCGGGUGUCUCAGCGGAAGGGAUCGACGAGAACAUUGGGAGCAACUCCUAGAAGAAUUUUAUUGUUACCUUAAAGAGGAAGUGGGCGACAGACAGAUGCCAUACACUCUGGAACAGUUGAAAGAAGCCUAUCAGCAAUUCAUCCCAAUUGGUGCUUUUAUGGCACUGCCUGGGAUAGGAACAGUCUUCCAGGUGUUAUCCGAAACAUCUGAUGAGGAUUCGAGAAAGAAGCGCAUGGAAAUUGCUAUGGAAAAGACCGGAUGCCUUCUCGACGAUAUUUUCCUCUUUCAUGACCGGAAUAAAGAACUUAGAAAGGAAGAACAAGUAGAAUAA